AUUAUUCCCUUUGGUUUACGUUGCACUAUUUUCCUCCUCGUGCCUGGUCUCUCCCAGGGCGGUCCUUCCUCCCACAAACCUUGGCAGAGUCGGACAGAACGGGGGUUGUAGCAAGUUAGCAACUCACUUUGGGUUGCGACAGGGGCGAACAGCGCUGCGUAGCGGCCACUCUGUCUGCAACAGCGGGCCUGGCAGCCCAGACGUGGUCGUCGUCGUCAGCCAUGUUGGUGUGACAUACUCAACGAGCUGUCAGCAACAGGUCCUUCCGAGAAGUCGCAGGCAGCCUUGCUAAAAACGUCCAAAAUUUCUGCUACCCUAUCGAAUUUCGCCAGACACGAAACCUCAUCGGCGACGAGGAUAUUAAACUAAGAACAUUUGAAAAACUCGGAAAUGUCUUGUUUAACCAAGCGAGAGAGACAAGACACCGAAGAUGGUUGUAAGCAGUAGCUGAGGACACUUUUGGGAGUAAACCCCUCGCCCGGUCAGUGCCACAAGCCAAUAUGAAUGGUGGUUUAAAUAUGUGGGCUGUCACUCCUGAAGAGAGGCAAAAGCAUGACCAGCAGUUUGACACGCUCACCCCAUCAAUGGGUUAUGUUUCAGGUGAGCAGGCAAGGAAGUUUUUUCUUCAGUCAGGACUACCUUCUUUAGUUCUGGCUGAAAUAUGGGCUCUGGCUGAUAUGAACAAAGAUGGGAAGAUGGACAGGUUGGAGUUUUCCAUUGCAAUGAAGCUUGUAAAACUCAAACUUCAAGGAACGCCGCUUCCAUCUGUACUUCCAGUCGUUAUGAAGCAGCCUCCUGUGCCUGUUCCCACUCCCGCCUAUGGGAUAAUGCCUAGCAUGUCGCUGAUGUCUGGGAGCAACCCCCCCAUGUACACAUCAUUACCCAUGGCAACCCCAGGGUACCCGGGGCCACCAAUGACAGGCCUCAACAUGGGACUUCUCCAGCCAAUGGCUGCUGGCACCUUGGCCACUGGUCUUCCACUCUCUGCGUCUCCCUAUGGUUCUACACUUAUACCUAGCGCCACUUUGCCACCCCCCUCAAUGACUGGCCAAAUGGCAGCAGGUCCUGGGGAUUGGGCAGUGCCAGUCGCCUCCAGACUGAAAUACAGGCAGCAGUUCAACAUCUUGGAUAAGCAGAUCAUUGGAUACCUCACUGGUCAGCAGGUGAGAGGGGCUAUGACAAACACAAUGCUCAGUCAGACUCAGCUAGCCUCAAUCUGGAAUUUGUCUGACGUUGAUAAGGACGGCAAACUCUCAGCUGAGGAGUUCAUCCUAGCGAUGCAUUUGGUGGAUGUGGCCAAAAGUGGACAACCGCUGCCUCAAACCUUGCCAAUUGACCUAGUGCCACCCACACAAAGGAGUGCUGUGAAUGGAUCCAGUGCGUCUCACUAUGCAGCUCUCAAUGAUAAUUUUGACAUUGAACCACCACAGAAAGCCAGAAGCAACAUGUCUUUCGAGGACAAGUACAAAGCCAACAUUGAGCGCGGUAAUGCAGAGCUGGAGAAAAGACGAUUGGCACUGCUGGAAGCGGAAAAGAAAGAGAAGGAAAGACAAGCUCAAAAGGCACGAGAGGAGCAAGAGCGGAAGGAGAAGGAAGCUCGUGAAGCAGAGGAGAGGCGGCGGAAAGAGGAAGAGAGGCGCUUGGAGCGUCAGAGAGAAUUGGAGAGGCAGAGAGAAGAAGAGCGUCGGAGAGAAAUUGAGAGGAAAGAGGCUGCACAGCGGGAGCUUGAGCGCCAAAGGAAGGAGGAAUUGGAAAGGAGGAAACGAGCAGAACUCCAACUAAAGAGGCAGAAGGAACAGGACGACAUCAUUCAACUCAAAGCUAAGAAGAGGACUUUGGAGAUGGAGUUGGAGGCAGUGGGUAACAAACAGCGUCAGAUUUCAGACCGUCUGCGUGACAUUCAAAACAAGAAGAAGCUUCCUAAGACUGAGCUGGACCUUAUCACUCAAAGGAAAGAUGCACGUCAGCAGGACAUAAAUAAUCUUCAGAAACAGAUUGAGGAGUUCCAGAGGAAGUUAUCCCAAUUGAUGCCAGAACAGAAGAGACUGACUGAGACACUCCAAAGCAUGGCUGCUAAUAACUUGCCUGUGUCCACCAUCUCCAACCUGAAGCAAAGUGUUACUCAAAAGCAGGGGACCUGCUCAAAACUAAGAAAUCAGCUCCAGGCCCUUGAGAAAGAAACUGCUGCUAAACUGGAAGAGCUGGAACGGCACAGCAAAAACAUGCAGGAACUGAGGGAGAGCCAGCAAAAGCAGCAGGCAGCAAUAGAGAAGCUGCGAAGCAUCAAAGAGGAAAAAAGACAAGAGCUGAUUCGCAGGAAGCAGGAGCAUGAGGAGAUGAGGAAACGGGAAGAAGAGAGGAGGCGGCAGGAGGAGGAGGCACAAAGGUUAGAAAAGGAGCGCCAGUGGAAGGAAAAGUUGAGGAGGGAUGAGGAGGAGCGCCAGAGGAGGCUCCAAGAGGAACGUGAGGCCAAAAGAAGGGAGCAGGAGGAAAAAGAGCUAAGGGCAAAGGAGGAGGCAGAGAGGAAGCGCAGAGAGGAAGAGGCGAGGAGGAAAAGAGAGGAGGAGGAACGGCUGAGGCAAAUUGAGAGACAGAGGCAGGAGGAAGAGCGGAGAAAGCUGGAGGAGGAGAGGAGGCAAUUGGAGGCAGAGAGGAGAAAGCUGGAGGAAGAUAAAAGGAUGGAAGAAAAGAGAAGGAAAGAAGAGGAGGAACGACUCAAGCGGGAAGAAGAAAGAAGGAAGCUGGAGGAAGAGCAAAGACGGCAGGAGGCAGAGGAGAGGAGGAGGGUCGAAGAAGAGCGCAGAAAGGAGAUGGAGCGGGUAGAGGAGGAGAGACGGAGACAAAGGGCAGCACAGGCUGCCCUUAGAGACACAGAGGAAAGGAGAAGGUUAGAGGAGGAGGAAAGGAGGAGGAAAGAGCAACAGGAAGAGCAGCGGAGAAAGCAGGAGGAAGAGAAGAGGAAGCUUCAGCAGCAACAGGAGGACGAUAGGAGGAGGCGUGAAGAGGAACGAAAAAGAGCAGAGGAUGAGAGAAAAAGAAAAGUGGAAGAAGAGUCAAAAAAGAGAAGAGAGCAUCAGUCGAGUGGUGGCAAAAUUGACAUUCAAGAGAAGUUGAAUUCUCUUCUGAGGGGACUGGAGGAAAGGAAAGGUCGGCAGCCCAGGACCAUGCAACCCAGGAAUUCGGUGGUUCUCACACCCUUCAGGGCACUUUAUCCAUUCACUGCACGAAACCAUGAAGAGCUCACAUUCAACGCAGAUGAAAUAAUUGAGGUGGACGAGACCGUGGAACCAGAGGAAGGUUGGUUGUAUGGUAGCAGGCAGGGUCAGAUGGGUUGGUUCCCAGAGAGCUAUGUUGAGAGAGUGGGUCCGUCGGACUCGACAGCCCCCGUACCGCCUUCAAAACUGCCUAUCCAGUCACAGCUCUCAAAUGCCCUUGAAGCAGCAAAAGUAGCUGGCACUAAAUCUGCUUUCACCCCUACACACUCUCCGAACAUGACCCACUCUGAUACAUCUGGACAGGUUGUAGGAAAUCUUUUCGCACAAGCUUUGUGCUCUUGGACAGCAAAGACAGACAACCAUCUAAACUUCAAUAAGGAUGAUGUGAUUAAGGUGCUGGAACAGCAGGAAGGCUGGUGGUCGGGAGAACUGAAUGGAGAACGAGGCUGGUUCCCUAAGUCCUAUGUCACACUUCUGGGUGAAGAGGACAGUUCAGAAAUGAAGAGCUCCUCAUCCAGUACUGCAGGGACAGGUGACAAUCAGCAAUUUGAAGAGUAUACAGCGUUAUACCAGUACGAAUCAUCAGAGCCUUCAGAUCUGACGUUCAGAGAGGGAGAUGUUAUACUGGUGACCAAGAAAGGUGGAGAGUGGUGGAACGGCACCAUUGGUGACCGCACAGGUGCCUUUCCUGGCACCUAUGUCAAACCUAAGGAGGCAGAUUCGAGCACAUCUGCUAAGAAGCCAGAGAUUGGCAAGGUGAGCAGAGCACAUUUCUCCUCUAUACCGGGGCAACUGAGCCUGGAGAAUGGCCAACUUGUCGUAGUCCUCAGCAAGAAUGCUUCAGGCUGGUGGCUUGGAGAACUCCAGGCCCGUGGUAAAAAACGGCAGAAGGGCUGGUUUCCUUCCACACAUGUUACCAUACUGGGGUCAAAUAGUGGCAAAUCUACACCAGCAAGCCAGUCAGGAUUGUGCCAGGUGAUCGCCAUAUACGAUUACACAGCAGCUAACAAGGACGAGCUGAGCUUUUCAGCAAACCAGCUGAUCACUGUUCUGGAUAAGAACGACCCUGACUGGUGGAAGGGCGAGGUCAAUGGGGCCACUGGCUUAUUCCCCACCAAUUACGUUAAGAUGGCCUCGGGAGACGGUGACCCCAGUCAUCAGUGGUGUGCAGAUCUAACUAGCCUGGACUCGCUGAGCCCCCUAGAGAAGAAGAGACAAGGCUAUAUCCAUGAACUGCUUCAGACCGAAGAGAGAUACGUGGAGGACCUGCAGACAGUGCUGGAGGUUUUCUAUAAGCCAAUGUCUGAAUCAGGACGACUGACAGAUGAAGAAAUCAGCAUGAUCUUUGUCAACUGGAAAGAACUGAUUUCAUGCAACUCUAAAUUUCUCAGAGCAUUGUUGGCUCGAAAGAGAAGCGGCGGGGAGAACAUGCCGGUGCAGAUGGUCGGGGACAUUCUAGCCGCAGAGCUAUCCCACAUGCAGCCGUACAUCCAUUUCUGCUCUUGUCAGAUUAACGGAGCCACGCUUCUUCAGACUCGCACCGACAAUGACUCUGACUUCAAGUCGUUCCUCAAGAAAAUCGGCACAGACUACAGAUGUAAAGGGAUGCCGUUGUCCAGCUUCCUCCUCAAACCCAUGCAGAGGAUCACACGCUACCCACUGCACAUCAAAAGUAUUCUGGAGUGCACUGCGGAGGGCCACGCUGACAGAGGUCCUCUGAAAGAAGCUCUGGAGCGGGCAGAGGAGCUCUGUAAACAGGUCAAUGAAGGAGUGAGAGAUAAGGAGAACUCAGAUAGGCUGGAAUGGAUUCAGAACCAUGUGCAGUUUGAUGGCACAGUCGAGAAUAUUGUUUUUGACUCGAUCACCAACUGUUUGGGCCCCAGAAAAUUACUUCACAGUGGCAAGCUGUACAAAGCAAAGAGCAACAAAGAACUUUGGGCCUUCCUCUUCAACGACUUCCUGCUUUUGACUCAGAGUGGAAAGCAGUUCACCUCAUCUAGCAUUGACAAACUGUUCAGCACAAAGAACAACACCCAGCUAAAAUUGUACAAGCCGCCUGUUAUGCUCAAUGAAAUCCUGGUAAAACUGCCGGAUCCUUCCAGUGACGACCUAGUCUUUCACAUCUCGCACAUCGACACAGUUUACAUACUGAAGACGGACAAUAUUAAUGAACGGACAGCCUGGGUUCAGAAGAUCAAGGCUGCAUCUGAAGAAUGUCUCGAGAUGGAAAAGAAAAAGCGGGACAAGGCCUACCAUGCUCGCUCCAUGAGGGGUACUGGAAUUGGUCGACUCUUCGUCACAAUCUUGGAGGCCACGGAGCUGAAGGCAGUCAAGUCCAACGGUAAAAUGAAUCCGUACUGCGAGGUGACCAUGGGAUCUCAGGUCUUCACCUCCCGAGUGAUCAAUGAUACAGUCUCCCCCAAGUGGAACUUCAACUGUCAGUUCCAAAUCAAGGAUGUCUACCAAGAUGUCCUCUGCAUCACCAUCUUUGAGAGAGACCCCUUUGCUCCUGAUGACUUCCUGGGACGAACGGAGGUUCCUGUGGCGACCAUAAAGAAAGAAAUGGAGAACAAGGGCGCUGUAACGCGACGCCUUCUGCUGCACGAGGUGCCCACGGGGGAAGUGUGGGUCCGCCUCGACCUGCAACUCUUUAAUGGCAAAUAGCUCAAAACGAGGACAGUUGGCGUGCCUUAAUAUUGGGAUAGAGGAAGGCAGAAAAUCUGUCUGAUGUUACCACCAUCCUCGAGGAGGGCUAUACUAUUUUUUUCCUUGGAUGAAAAAGUGAAUUUUAAUGAAUCCUAAAAGGAAUGAGCAACCAGUUAAAGGCUGUGUAGAUGUUACUGUACUACAGCUAUUACCAUGUGUUGCCCACUAAAAGAGUUUUAGUAGACUACAGGUCUCUAAAUGUAUCUAAUGACUCAAGCCAAAGCAUUUUGACCUGAAAACAUAUUCACAGUAGCACCAGCUCACCUACUACUGAUAUAUAGAGAUCUCGGGGUUUGUCGGUUUCAUGUCCAGUCACUGUAAUACACAAGGCACUAUCUGCUUUGUGUCGGACUGCUGUUGUUUUCAUAUCUUCGAAAUAAUUAUCGACUUCCAACCUUUUUAUUGUUGGAUGCGAGAAAAUUUUGAGGUAAGUUCCUUUCUACUUGUUAUUCUGUACAUGUGUGCGACAAUUUUAUAGACUUGUUGUAACAAAGUGUAAUUUUGUCAAAAACGCAAGAAAGCACAUUUUGAUCUCUACUUUUUGGCCGUGUUUAGGCUAUUUUGUUUACAUGCAGUUCUUAAAUAGUAAAAUCUGAGUGCAUUUUGGUUGGUGGUUGAUGGUUUGGUGAUAACAUCAACAUCAUUUGCAGUUUUAUUUUUCCCUCUGGAAAAUACUUUUGCUAGUUUUGCAAAAAUAAUGCCCUUUUCCAUGGUUUACAUGUUCUCUUACAAUUGAAUUUUGUUAAUGUUUAUUUUUAACCUUUUUCAUGCUUGCUGUUUCACUUUAAUCAGACAAAUGCUCGGUGUGACUCUUGUUCUUAAUUCCCACUGCAGAUUUGAAUGUCUCCUCACCUUCAGCAUUGAUUAAUGCUCUAAAAGUCAGCUCCUGCUGGUGUUCUGUGUGUUCAUUUUCAAAUGUAUUUAUUCUUUAAUUUAUGUGUGAUAUUAUCCAAAGGUCUGAUGCAGCCUUGUCUGUGUCAUCCUGUUUUAUUUUCUUUAUAUUCGCUGGUAACGUUUUUAGGGUUGGUGAAGCUUGUUGCUACUUUUAUUUCUGUUCUCUUAUUAGGACAACCAGGUUGUUUUUGUUUUACUGUUUUUUGUUUUUGUUUUUGUUUUUUUUGUAGUUUCUGCAUAAAGAGACUGCUUAUAUGCUCCGAAUAGGCUUAUGAAACAUUUAUUUGGUUAUUUUUUUGUUUUGUUUUCAGCCAUCUGUUAUGUUAUGCCCGCCUAGAUUGUCUGUGUACCUGCUGUUUGUACUCACCUGGGCGUGAAUGAGGCACUCGAUUAGUGGUGCCAAGGUUAAAUAAAAUUCCUUCAAAAUGGAUAGACUCUCAUAUUUUUGUGAAACAUUAGGUGACAAGUUAGAACAAAAGUUUGCUUCCAUUCAUUGUGCAAACUAUAAUCUUGCUAUGUCAAAGCUAACUUGACUCAAAUAUAUAGGAGUAGAAUUUUUUUUUAAAUGGUAAAUGGACUGUACUUAUAUAGCGCAUUUAUCUGCAUGGUUACCAUGCCCAAAUGUUGUUCCAUGUUUUAUUUUGAAUCCGUUUUGUACAGAUAGGAAGGGAGUUUUGACAUAGGAUGGUGCACAAACAGACCUCAUUAAAUCCUUCUUCACCCUCCACUUGUUCCGGGUGCACGGGAGCAACAGCGAUUACGUAACAACACUGACAGUGGCUGAGAAAGAGGCUCGCACUUAGACACACUCACAGCUGUGCAACACAACAUCAGCUGGAGUUGACUUCUGUAGUCCCCAUUUGGAGGGGGUGUGUGCAAGGGUUCUGAAAUGCUGCAGGGAUAACAUUAGUGACUCAUUUUCUGUUUAGGACUGACACAGUCACUGUUACUGUAUACACAAUUACCUAUUGCCAAUAAUGACAGUCCAGUUAAUUGAGUUUGUGAUAAUGCAACCUCAUCACAUUGUAAAGCAAAUUCUCAAAAAGUAAUAAAUUCUUGUCAGGCUGUAGCUGUUGUUCUAUUUAAAAGUGCAUUUACAUUAGCUUGUGCUUAUGCUUAAAUGUAGUCAGUUUCAAUGAUGGCUUAAAGAUGCCCCCCACCCCUCCCCCAGGCAAACUCAUGGCACAUGGUCCACAUGGUUUUAUAUGACCUACAAUAUUAUGAAUCAACGUUACUUGCUAAAAUACCAGUUUGCAGCUUGUUAUGUUAUGGUGUUACAGUUGUGGUCAAAAGUUUACAUACACUUGUGAAGAACAUAAUGUCAUGGCUCUCUUGAGUUGCCAGUUAUUUC